CUUUGACCACGAGUUUUUAACUCUGGCUCGUCCGUUCAAGUCAUUGCGCGCGUCUCCGUGUCACCUCACACCUGGCGCAAGCCGCAUAUCGUAUCGGCCACGCUCGAAAGCAAGUCCAAGCUCAGCUUACUUAUUCGUUUCCGUGAGUACUCGUUGAACAUCGUCAUUUUCCGACUCAAUAGGAAACAACUGAUCCUACGGCUGGACUUUCACUUCGGUUCCAUCAGAUGCGUAGCAGUAUUUCUCUGGUGGCUUCCAGUUCGAAUUUAACCUUGCUCAAAGCAAGUUACAUAGCGCGCCAAAGUUUUUCUCGCUGAAUACUCAAUCAUAUAUAUUGCAUGUGUAUAUAUUGUAUCUAUAUAUAUUAUACAUAUACAUAUUAGACAAUUGUCGCUGUGCAACGUACGAUAUUGUUAAUGGUUACUUGGGGAAAAAAAUCGUAUUCGAUCUUUCUCCUCGCGAAUGAUUUUACAAAUUCGUAUGCGCUCGCUGUAACAACGAUAAGAUUAGGAAUAUUAUAAAAUCUCUCUGUUGCUCCACUUGCAAUCAUGGAUAUUGAAAAUAUGAAUGCAUUUUGCUGGCCAAAUUACCUAGAAAAUACAAACACUGAAGAAGUUCCUCAAAUUGUAUUUAAUCAUGUAGAAGAGACAUUAAAGGUUUGCAUUGAAGUAGGCAUGUCUUUGGAAAUUCCUGUAAAAACUUCUGAGCCUGAACCAAACCAUCUGGCUGAAGAAUGCUUUUGGCCAGCUACAAUUUCAAUGGUUUGUGGACCCUUAUUGAGACUACGUUAUUUUGGUGGCGAAGAAAGAGCGUUAGAAGUUUGGUUGGAUCUCACCAAAGAGAAUGCUCAUGAAUUAGGUUGGGCAACAAAAAAUAAUAAGAAAUUAAAACCACCAGAAAUUGUUCUACAACGUACACCUGACUGUCUUGAAAAACUGGAUCAAUUUAUGCAAACAGCGAUAUCUGUUCCAUAUGAUAUGUUAUUUGGGGAUCAAUUAAGUAUUGUUGAUAAAUUAAAACCAGGGAUGAAAAUCGAAAUUAGUGACCAUUUAGAUCCAUAUAGAUUAUGGAGAGCAAUCAUUAAAGAAAAUGUUGGUGGGCGCUUAUCGUUAAGUUAUGUUACUCCAAAAGAAAAUAAUGUUCAUUUCUGGAGAUUCUGUACUGAUGAAUUUUUAUUUUCACUAUCGCCCAAAACUGAGCCUUACUAUUUUAAGCCACCACAUUCUUUAAAGGAUACUUACAAAUGGGAUAAUUGUGAAACAGAUUUGCUUAAUGAAAAGCCUAUUGAUAGUGAAAUUGAUAAUACUUUACAAAAUAAUCGAGUAGAGCAUCCAGAUCAUGAGUUUAAAGUUGGCAUGAAAUUAGAAACCCUGUACCCAAAGAAUAGAAAAGAUUUCUGUCCAGGAACAGUGAUUAAAGUAUUUUGUAAUAAAUUCUUUUUAGUCAGAAUAGAUGAUCACAUGGAUGAUACAAAACUAGAUUGUGAUAGCUUGUAUUAUAAGUACACAAACAGAGAAAAUUCAUGGAUAUGUUCUGCUGACCAUCCUUAUAUAUUUCCUGCUGGAUGGGCCGCAAAAAAUGGAUUCAAUUUAAAAGCACCGGACGAUUGGAGCUCAACCAGUAAUGGACUUGAUUUCAAUUGGGAAUCAUACAGCAAAUUUUGUGAUUUUACAGUGGCCGAUGAAAAAUUAUUCUCUGAGCAUGAGAGUGCAGCAGAUGCUGGUUUCGAAUGCAAAAUGCGAUUGGAAGCAGUGGAUCCACGUAAUCAGAAUAUUAUCUGCGCUGCUCAUAUUACAAAAAUUGUUGAAAAUCUUGUAUGGAUUAAAAUUGAUGCAUAUUCAGAUGAUUAUGGAGAACACAUAGUAGAUAUGCAUUCUCAAGAAAUAUUUCCUAUUGGCUGGUGCGAAACUAAUCAUUAUCCACUCAAACCUCCCAGAGAUUAUCAACCAAUGCAAAAUGCACUUGUCAAUAAAAGUGCAGAUCCUUUUAUUGAUGUGCCAUUAGCUGGGAAUGAAAGUAUGUGGUGUCCUAAAAUAUACUUUAAUUAUCGAUGCUCCACAGGACCAUUACUAUCAAAAUCAAGAAUAGCUAAAUUACCACAAUCAGUUGGUCCAGGACCUACUACUUUGGUGUUGAAAGAAGUGUUGACUAUGAUUAUAUCUAUAGGUUACAAAAAUUCUAGAAUCAUAAAAAUUCUACAAACUGAAACUUAUCCAGCUGAAAUGGAAUUCUCUAUGGAAACAUUGAAGGUCAAAAAUGUAGAUGGUACAAAUAAUCAUAUUAGAGCAUCAAUUCCAAUUAUUACGUCUGGCGAGAUGGUUGCACAAUUCUGCCAACAGAUUUGCAAACGUUUAUCCACUUGUCCGUACCUUAUGGGGCCAUUUUGUGUAGAGGAUGUUAUGUGUCCUCUGCAAUGUAAUCCACCAAGAUAUAAGGCUGGAGCGAAAAAUGGUGAGAAUGGUGAAAAACAAAGGCCUUGGGGCAAACGUGGACGCAGAAGAGGCAGGAAGCCUUAUAAACUUAAGGCACAAGCUGCUGCUAAAGUUGAAACUGAUGAAAUUAAAACAGAAAUAGUAGAUCCACAGAUAAAUGAAAAUGCAGAAACGCAAAAUAAAGAAUUAGUUCAAAGUUAUAUUUCUGACAAUUCUUGUUCCACUGAUGAUAAUACUGGAAGUAACAGUAGCUUGGCAAAUUCUUCAUUGUCUGCAAAUUCAAGUAAAGGUUCUAGUAAGAAACGGAAAAACGAAGAAAUGGAAGCAGACCCCGAAGAUUACAAAUGUCCAGAAAAAAUAAUAAAAUUAGAUUCAAAUCCAUUGUAUUGGUCCUUCGAAGAAUUGGCUCAGUAUUUGAGUACAACUCAAUGUUCUGACUUAGCAGCAACUUUCAUUGAAGAGGAAGUUGAUGGUUUUGCCUUUAUAAUGUUGAAUUAUCCAACACUAAUUGAGCACAUGAAAUUAAACACAGAAACAGCUCAUGAAGUAUGUAAACAUAUAAAAUCAGUAAGAGAGUCGUGGUAUAUGUAUUACAAAGAUGUAUCUAAUCCAGAUUUUGUUAGAGUAAUUGAAGGUUGUUGAUCUCUUGUGUGAACUAUGCAAGAUUUACAAAGAUGUAUAUAUUUAAAAAAUAUUUAAAUUAAUAGAAAUUUAUUGUUACCGUUAACAAAUCAAUACUAUUAUGCAAAAAAUGACUUGUUUUCUGCUGAGAAAAUGUACAUUAGAAGUAUGUAUGGAAUGAAAAGAAUAAGAAAUAAUUGGUUGAUUUUUGUAAAAUGACUUGUAGUAAAUUUUACUAUUGUGCAGUGAGUAUUCAGCUAAAUUUAUUCUACUGUAUAAAAGCAAUUUUGAAGUAAUUGCUCUGAACCUUUUUAUGUAACAUUGAUAGAAAAGAAUAUAGUUUACAAAAUUACAUACAUUUUUAUUA